CCAAUUAAUUUUAAUUAAUUUCUUUUAAGCUACUUGUAAGAUUAUGUAGUCAUCGAAUCCCAGCUGAAGAAUUAGCAAGGAAAGAUGACCUCACACUUUUAUUCUCAGCAAUAACCUCACCAUGUCGUCUCCAUAAUAUAAUGUGGAGAAAAAGUGCGGCGGAAGUAUUAAUGACUUUAUCAAGACAUGGAUUAAGUCCACCAGUUGUGGGAUAUAUUCACUCGAAAAGUUGUGUUGCUCUUUGUAUUGAUAACAUGCAAAGAGUUCCAGAAUUAGCCCCAUUGGAAGUUGUAGAAAUGUUCGUAACGAUGUUUUGCUUUCUAAAAGAUUCCAGUGAUGUUUCAUCGACACUUUUAGAUGAUUUUAGACAAGCGCAAGGUUAUUUAUUUUUAUCGGAUUUUCUUUUAAAGUUGGAAAAUGAACGCUCCACCGACGCUCAAGAUUCAAUAAGAAAUUUGAUUUUAAUGAUAACCUCGUUAUGUAUGUGCGGCUAUUUAGAAUUAAAACCAUCGCAAGCUUCAACAGGUUCUCUAUUUCAAUUGCAAGGGUUCUCAUUACCGCAACCUUCCGGAAAAGGAACCAGCGUUCGGAAUGUGCAAGCUUUUCACGUUUUACAAACUAUGUUUCAAAAAUCUAAUUCUCCGAUGCUUUGCUCGGUUAUUUUAGAUGCAAUUUCAAACAUUUAUCAUUCUGAUAACGCGAAUUAUUUUAUCUUAGAAAAUCAAAAUACAUUGAGUCAAUUUACGGAAAAAAUUUAUCAUAAACCAGCGGAAAUCCAACAUAAAUUAUUCCAAUUAAUUGAGUUUUUAGUUUUUGAAUUGAAUUUUGUGCCAUGCAAAGAACUAAUAAGCAUGUCAAUUUUCUUAAAAACGCACAGUAUGAAUCAUGUCGAAUGUAGCAUCAUUUGUAUGCAAACUUUAUUAAAUAUUUUAAGACAUAACAACAUAUUUAAAGAUGUUUAUCGAGAAGUUGGGUUAUUAGAAGUCUUUGUAACUUGCUUGAAUCGUUAUGGAAACCUUUUGGAAACGAAAAAAACAGCUGUCGAUGCAGGAAAAGAUUUUUUUAUCCCCAUCGGGCAAGAAAGAUUUGGAAACAUGGUUAUCGAAGCAUUAACGGUAUUAUUAUCGUCAAAUUCAUCGAACGCUAACGUUUUACGCGAAUGCGGCGGAGCAAAAUGCGUUCAUAAUUUAGUGAUUUUCGCUGAAUGUCGUCAGGCAACUUUAGGAAUAAUAAGAGAAUUAGUUUUAACUUCCGGUGGUGAUGAGGAUAUGGCACAACUUUUAGCUACCUUACACACAGCUCCAAGACACGCUUUAUUAUUAAAAAUGGAUAUACUCAAAGCUUUGCUUCAAUGCUUAAAAGAAUCUCAUCGUACAAGAACUGUUUUCCGCAAGGUAAACGGUUUCGUUUAUGUAACCAGCGUUUUAAUUUCAUUGGAAGGAAAGUUAUCGAAAUAUGAACCCGAUCCCGAUAUUUUAAAUUUAUUACAAUUGGUUUUUUAUACGAUUAGUACUGCCAUGAGGUUCGAGCCGGCAAAUGCAAAAUUUUUUCAUCACGAAAUUUGCAUGACAAGUCUGUGUGAUACUUUGAGACUAUUAGGAUGUUUUUCGCCGUUAAAAAUCGAAUCUCUUGCGGAUUGUGAUGAAAUUUUAGCGUUGGACAUGCACUUACAAGAUUUAUACCAUAAGAUAUUUAUCGGAAGUUUAAAUAAUUUAACGAUUAAUAACGAUGUACCUGCUACUUUAGCAUACGCUACUAUUGUGUAUAGAUUAUUAUACGAUUUAGCUUUGGAUUUGUAUGAUAAACCGAAUGCGUCGUCGUCAAUUCUUGCCAUGAAAUCUCUUUCGAGGCAAUCAUCUAAUGAGCCAUCGACUCCGACUUCAACAAUUCAAGGACGAAGAUCUGUUGUGAAUUCUUUAAAUUUAAACCCACCUGUACCUGAUCCGAUGAUUGUUCAUCCAGGGGUGGUAACAGCUAUGUUACAACUCUUACCUUGUAUACAAGAUAAUAAUCUAGAAAAACAACUAAGCCUUCAAUUUUACAUCUCCGAAGUGAUAAAAUCAUUAGUUCGUAGUGAACGUAAUCAACAAGUAAUGUGCGAUAGCAAAUUUGUUGGACAACUUUUACUAAUUGGAUCGAAACCCCUUCAAACGGAAACACACCUUUUACAUUCACCCCUACAAUACAUGUUGGAACGUUUAGCAGCUCAAGCUUUAGAACCGACUGAUUUAAGAAAUUUCCUCCGACUUGGAAAUCCUUUAUGUUGCGUUCCUUUACAAUCGAAAGAUCCAGGUGGUGGACCUGUACCAUUAACCCGAAUCAAAACUUUAGUUUCAAUGACAACCCCAAAAGAUUUUCGGGCACAAGCGUCAUGUACUUUGCCUCCCUUUGUUGAAUUCGAUAUGUCAGCGGAAGGUUUUGGGUGUUUGUACCUUCCAAGUAUCGCCCCACAAAGCUUGGGAGCCCCCAGUGUGGUUUCAACAGUUGAUAGUAAUAUUUUGGGAGGAAUUGGAGCUGGAGAUAGACUUUUCCCCCCACAAACUGGAUUGAGCUUUUCCACGUGGAUUUGUGUGGAUAAAUUUUCCGAUCCAAGAACAGAUCCUCAUUGUGUUCGGUUAUUAACGUUGGUGAGAAAUUUUAAUUUAUCAAAGGACCAACAUUUGGUGUGUUUAUCGAUUGUUUUAUCUGCAAGAGACAAAGCUAUUAUUGUGUCAACUCAAGAAACUCAUAUUCCAGAUCAUGUUGGUGAAUGGGAACCGGAAGGUUCUGGGGAGCAUGGAGCUAGAGUUUGGUGUCCUGAUAUCCUUCAGGAAGGUCAAUGGCACCAUUUAGUGAUUGUUUUAAAUCGAGCAGUAUUAAAAAAUUCAUCGUUUUCACUUUAUCUUGAUGGCCAACAUAUGCAUACUCAAAAGUUACAUUAUAUCUCACAAAAUCCAGGGGGGAUAUCUACAAAUAUGACUUCAGCCUCAUCUGUUUAUGGGUUUAUUGGAACUCCGCCGGCUUGGAGAAGAUAUUCAAAACUUUGUUGGAAACAAGGACCUUGUCAUUUAAUUGAAGAAGUGUUACAACCGGUUACUGUGGGUUACAUUUAUCAAUUAGGUCCUCAAUAUAUGGGAUCUCUUCAAGCACCGAAUGUAAGUGUAGAAGUGAAUCAAUUGGUUGCUGAAGAAAAAGUUGUCUUUGGUUUAAACGUAAAGGCGAUGUCUCAAUUAACAUUGAGUAAAAUACGUAAAGUUUACAGUAGAACAGAUAAUAAAUCGAUCGCUAAACAAUUGGGAAUGUCAAGUCAUGAGAAUGCAACUCCGAUUCGGAUUUUACACAAUUCAGCUGGACAUCUUUCAGGACCUUCGCGAUCUUUGGGUGGUGUUGUUAUCGGUUAUCUUGGUGUGAGGGUGUUUUGUCCAAGACCGGUUGCUUUAGUGAUUGAUACAGUUGGUGGUUGCGCAGUUCUCCUUGGACUAAUAGCAAUGGCCCAAGACGUCGAAAGUUUAUAUGCAGGUGUAAAAGCUUUAGUUUGCGUCGUAAGAAGUAACAAAGCAGCUCAAGUUGAAAUGGAUCGCAAAAGAGGUUACCAAACCCUUGCGAUGCUCCUCCGCAAAAAACGAACUCUCCUCAACUCGCAUAUCUUACAUUUGGCGUUCAGUUUAGUAGGAACAGUCGAUAGCGGAAGGGAAACAUCCGCAAUACCAAAUUUAACCGCAUUUCAAGACUUAUUAUGUGAUUUAGAUGUUUGGCACGAAGCGCCUGGAGAAUUACUUCGAUCCCAUUUAGAACAUUUGUAUGAAUUAGCCGCCGAAUCAAACGAAAAAAGAAAUAAUACUUGGAUAAUGAGAGAUUUGCAAUUAGUCACGAAAUUAUUACAUAUAACACCGGAAAUUAAACACGGAGCGACUCGACAAGUUUUAUUUUCGUUGUUAUCUAUUUUAUUGGGGGGGCAACCAAGACAGUCGGAUUUAUUAUGGUUUGGCCAAUUUAUUGCGGCGAAAUUACCACCGACUACGAUUCCGAGUGAAAAAAAUAUUGUAUUGCGCGAAGGCGAUUUAGAAAAAGAAGCUGAAGGGGAGCACAUAUUAUUAAGAAAUCGCUGUUUAUCAUUAAUGCACAAUUUGCUUUUUACAAAUCGAAACGUCGUAAAUGUAAUGAUUUGUGAUGAAAUCGCGAGAACUUUAGGUUUUGAUUGGGUUUUAUUGUUUCUUCAACCGCAUUUACAUUCAACUACUGUUGUUAUUGGAAUGAGAAUUUUAAUUGUUAUGUGUUCAAAUUCAACGUUAAUGACACGUUUCCGUGAAGGCUCUUGUAAUGGAGGUUGGUUAAGACACACCGAACAAGUGA